AUGCAGGCAGACCUUGCCAAGCUGGCCGACAAGAUGCUGCGCGCCCCCAGGUGCUGCCGGUGCCGGAACCAUGGCUUCCUGGUGCCCCUCAAGGGCCACGCGGGCAAGUGCCGCUGGAAGCAGUGCACCUGCGAGAAGUGCUACCUGAUCACCCAGCGCCAGAAGAUCAUGGCCGCGCAGCAGGUGCUCACGAACCAGGCCUACGAGGAGGAGCAGGAGGUGGCCCUGUGCGUGCAGGGGCCCCAGCUGGCCUCCGGGGCCGCGGCCGCGGCCGCUGUCCUGGGCUCAAGCUUCCGCACGCUGCCUCUGCCUGCCGCUUCGGGAGUCGCGCACCCGGGCCCCGAGGGCCGCGCGGCCGCCUUCUUCCCCGAGAGACGCCCGCGGGGCCCGAGCCCCGGCCCGGGUGCCUUCCAGCCAGUUCUGGGCGGCCGCGGCCACGUGGGGCCGAGAGAACGAGCCGCCGCGACCAUGCCCAGUUCUCUGAGGCCCCAGCUCGGGGCGGAGGCCCCAGGCCGGGGUUGCCCCGGACGCCUGGAGCUGCGCAGGCCGCUUCGGCCGGCGCUCAGCCCGCCGUUCGCCGACUUUGGGCCCCCUCUGAGCGUCAACUCAGAUCAUGUGGUGGGGUCUGAGCACCUGGAAAGAGAGCCUUCCAAGCGGUACCGCAGCUGCUCCAGCAUGCAGCCCUACCACCCGUUCCUGCUGGGCUACCAGGAUGCAUCCCUUACCCCAGGGGUCCCCCUGCAGCAGGACUUCCGGCACGUGUCCUGCAGCCACUACCAUGGAGCAGGCUUGGAACGGCUGCACUACACUGUCCGGUUAGAAGGGGGACACCCCCCAGGCCCAGCGACCCUGGAGUCUGAGUCAUUACACGUGCAGAAGGUGGUGGAGCCAGUGGAAGACCUCCAGCCCGGCUACUACCUGCCGCCGCCGCCGCCCCAGUUCCCCCCGCCGCCGCCCCAGUUCCCCCCGCGGUACCUCUCUGUGCUCCACUGCCUGCCCCCGCCGCCAUCCUUCUCGCUGUCCAUCGUGUCUGACGUGGACACUGAUGACCAGUAUGCGGAGGGGCCGUGUGAGCCCAGCCAGCCUUCGUCCCAGGAGCAGUCCGACUAG